UAUUACUUCCUUACCCUACACUACUCAUAUCUCUCUUAUAUUCCCUUACUAUUUCUUACCUUCCUUAUUAUCUUACCUUAUUUAUUGUUACUUCCGAACUUACCAUUCCUUACUUAUUAUUACUUAGUUGCUUACCUUGCUUAUCAUCACUUCCCUUAUCUUUACUUAUUAUACUUACUUAUUAACCACCUUACUUUCCUUACCUUAUUACUACUUACUUAUAUUACCCCCUUACUUUAUUACUUUCUUAACUUCUUUACUUAUUAUUAUUCCUCAUAUCUCUCUCCUUAUUUUCCCUACUAUCUAUUACACUUACUUAGUUACUUAUUACUUACCUUAUCUCCAUCACUUCCUUACUUAUCAUUCCUCUGUUACUUAGUCUCCUUAUUAUCUCCUACUUAUCAAUCUUCACUUACCUUAUCACUACUUAUAGUCUCUAUCUCUCUUCCCUAA